CCUUAUGCAACGCGAGCCGGCUAUGAUAUAAUUGCGGAAGCACUCAGUGGUUUUAUGCAUGUUAAUUCUUGUGCUAGUGGCAACCCGCAUCAGGUAGCCGUCGCUCUGAUCGAUAUGAUUACAGGGUUAUAUGCGCAUGGAGCAAUUUUAACGGCUUUGUUGCAACGAAAUCAAACGGGCAAAGGACAAAAAGUUGAAUGUAAUCUUCUUGCCACUCAGAUGGCAGCACUGUUGAAUGUGGCGAGCAAUUAUUUGAAUGCUGGAGUGCUCGACUGCAGUGAGGCAGUGCAGCGAGAAAGCAUACUGCCUUGCCAGGCUUUCAGAACCAAGGAUCAGCGAUAUUUCGUCGUUGCUGUUGGCAGCGAUAGCGGCUUCAAAAAAGUUCGAAAUUAA